UUUGAUUUGAAAAGGGUGACGUUGCAUGAUGUAGGUCGUUUGCUCCCCGCCCCCCAGGGUUUUCAGGCCCCCUCCUCUUCCCCCCAACUCGGGCUUUUUGCUAGUCGGGUUGGCUUUUGGCCGCUUCGGCAACUGCACUUCUGGGCCCGGACUGAAAAGCCCGCUGUCACCAGCUAUUAAACUGUGGGACGCUCUGGAGCGAAGGAAGCCCAUCGUUUAAGACAGUUAAACCUGGAUUCCGCACAGCCCGGCACCGCGACUGUAGGCAUGACUCUGGGCUGACCAGGAUGGACGCAGUGACCCGUAGGCCUCCCCGUCCCUGGCGUUCCCGUCCGGAGUUAGCGCUAGACCGCGAAGACUCGAGCAGGGAGGCGGCCGGGGCAGGCGGGACGCGGGCCCAGCUCUCAGGCCGCUGCAGCUUCACCCCGCGGUUGCCACUGAACGAUGCCGCUGCGCCCCUGGCUUGUCAGGCGCUCGCCCCUCCAGAGCGUUACUGGUGACAGUCGCUCCUGAAGCUGGCGGGCGAGGAAGGCAGAGCUCGCGCAGAUUUCCGUGUCGUUCGGUGCGUGGCUCCAGGCAGGUCCCGCAGAGCCGGUGGGGAGCAAACGCUGCACAUGCGCACAUGUGGUAGUUGUGGAUAAUGAACUACAUUUGUAAGUUAAGGAGGUUUACAGCAAAGCGAAAGUAGUUUGGAAAUUUAAUAAAAUGUCAUCACUUGGCUACCCUGGAAGUUUUGGCCCUUUUUCUUGUCAAUGUCUUUUUUGGGGUCCUCCUUACAAAAGUCAGCGUUAAAAACCAGGCAGACUUUUGUCUGACUCUCGGAGUUUGUUUUUGCGACCCUAAAGCUGAGUGUUCGAAGUAAAACGCACUGACUCGUUUAUUACCUGAAAGUCGCCCACUGACAGCCUCUCCUUGAAUCGUUUCUGUGAAAGGUAUAGCAGAAGGCUGCACCUUUCCUUGCCCUUAAUGUGGCAGAAGGACCCGUAGGUCCCUGCAGCCCAGGGGCCUGGGGAGGGGUGGGGGGGGGGGGACGCUCCGAGGGAAGCCGCGCUUGCUCUGCCCCCGGUGAACCUCCUUGAGCUGCAUGCACCUGUCACUGUUCCUAUGUACGUGUGUCUCUCUACCACAUAACCAGCACUUAUUUCCUCAGCCAAGUGGCUAGGGGCCAGCCUAGCCCAGAUUUUACCUCCCAUGGACGCAAGUUUCUUUGGUGAAGAUCUCUCCUGAGAGUUCGGGACUAGCAGAGAGAAGCGAGGAAAGUUCGACCGUUUGGUUCUUACGGAUAGGUACGACGGGCGCGGCCACCUGCACGACCUGUCCGAGUACGAGGCUGCGCACGCCACCUGGAACAGAGACUACCAGCUCUCGGAGGAGGAGGCGCGAGUAGAGGCCCUGUGUGAUGAGGAGAGAGGAAGAAUACAAGCGCCUGAGCGAGGCCCUGGCCGAGGACGGGAGCUAUAACGCGGUGGGGUUCACGUACGGGAGUGACUAUUAUGACCCGUCCGAGCCGACUGAGGAGGAGGAGCCUUCCAAACAGAGAGAGAAGAGCGAGGCUGAGCACUCGGACGAGAACGAGGAGCCCUUCGUGGCCCCCCCGGGGCUGAACGUGCCGCCCGACGUGGAGCUGCCGCCCACAGCCAAGAUGCACGCCAUCAUCGAGCGCACCGCCCGCUUCGUGUGCAGGCAGGGCGCGCAGUUCGAGAUCAUGCUGAAGGCCCGGCAGGCCCGGAACUCGCAGUUCGACUUCCUGCGCUUCGACCACUACCUCAACCCGUACUACAAGUUCAUCCAGAAGGCCAUGAAGGAAGGGCGCUACCCCGUGCUGGCGGAGGGCAGAGGCGACGAGAAGCAGAAGCCGGGGGCCAGCUCCGACAACGAGGACGACGACGACGAGGGCGACGGGAGCUACCUGCACCCGUCCCUCUUCGCGUCCCGGAAGUGCGACCGCCUGGAGGAGCUGAUGAAGCCGCUGAAGGUGGUGGACCCGGACCACCCGCUGGCAGCGCUGGUGCGCAAAGCCCAGGCCGACAGCCCCGCCCCGGCCCCACCCUCGGCCGAUGGUGCAGCUGCCCCGCCCUCGCAGGUGGAGUACCCUGCGGACUCGGCAGUGGCAGCCAUGUACUACAGCUACUACAUGCUCCCGGACGGCACCUACUGCCUGGCGCCCCCGCCCCCGGGGGUGGAUGUGGCCACCUACUACAGCACCCUGCCGGCCACGGUGGCCGUGUCCAGCACCACCGGAGUGACAGCCACCGCCCCGCCCCCUCCCGGGACCACGCCGCCGCCACCCCAAACCACUGCGGAGACGAGUAGCGGGGUGACCUCCACCACCAUCACCACAAGUGCUCUCGCCCCCGUGGCCACCAUCAUCCCCCCGCCCCCCGACGUCCAGCCCGUGAUCGACAAGCUGGCCGAGUACGUGGCCCGGAACGGCCUCAAGUUCGAGACCAGCGUCCGCGCCAAGAACGACCAGAGGUUCGAGUUCCUGCAGCCCUGGCACCAGUACAACGCCUACUACGAGUUCAAGAAGCAGUUCUUCCUGCAGAAGGAAGGGGGCGACGGCGCGCAGGCUGCAUCUGCGUCGGAAGAGGCUCCGGUGGAGCCGGCCCCCGAGAAGCCGAGUGACCUGGGGGAGGACGGCGCGGCCGAGGACCUGGCUGAGGCAGGGGGCAGAGGUGGCACGGCGGGGAAGAAGGAGGCCGCGUCCAGUAAAGCCGCCGCAGACGGGAAGCUCGUGAAAGCCUCGUUCGCUCCGAUAAGCUUCGCGAUCAAGGCCAAAGAGAACGACCUCCUCCCGCUGGAGAAAAACCGGGUGAAGCUGGACGACGACAGCGACGACGACGGGCAGGGCGUGGAGGGUCAGGAAAGCGCCUGCGCGGUGGCCGGCGCCGACCCAGUGGCGGCCCCGCCCUGCGUGGGCGUCGAGGAGAAGCGGCCCCCGCUCACCCAGGAGGAGCUGGAAGCCAAGCAAGCGAAGCAGAAGCUGGAGGACCGGCUGGCCGCUGCGGCCAGGGAGAAGCUGGCCCAGGCGUCCAAGGAGUCGAAGGAGAAGCAGCUGCAGGCGGAGCGGAAGAGGAAGGCCGCCCUGUUCCUGCAGACCCUGAGGCAGCCCCUGCCGGAGGCCGAGGGCGGGAAGGGCGAGGAGGGCCCGUUCGGCGCGGAGGAAGCCAGCCCCGCGGCCUGCCCGCUGCUGAGUGGGGGCCGGCCCCUGCCGGCCGCGGACGCCAAGCCCCCCGAAGGGCCCUCCAGCAGGAGCAGAGAGCCCCCCAGGGAGGCGGAGAGGGAGAGGAAGAAGAAGAAGCACAAGAAGCGGUCCCGGACGCGGUCGCGCUCCCCCCGCUACCACUCGUCCUCCAAGUCCCGGUCCCGGUCCCACUCGAAGGCCAAGCACUGCCUGCCCAGCGCCUACCGGACCGCACGGCGCUCCCGGUCCCGGUCCCGGUCCCCCCGGAGAAGAGCUCACUCUCCCGAGAGGCGCAGGGAGGAAAGGAGCGUCCCCACCGCCUACCGGGUGAGCAACAGCCCUGGCGUCAGCAGGAAGCGGACCCGGUCCAGGAGCCCCCACGAGAAGAAGAAGAAGCGACGCUCGCGGUCGCGGACCAAGUCCAAGGCCGAGUCCCGGCCGGCCUCCCCCGGCAAGCAGCCCCCGCGCCGGCACUCGGCCCACUCGGCCAGCAUCUCCCCCGCGGAGAGUCGGGGCUCCAGCCCGGAGCGCUCCAGGGGCGUCUCUCAGGAAAAAGAAGGUCAGAUCUCUUCGGCGAUUGUGUCUUCUGUGCAGAGCAAAAUCACUCAGGACCUCAUGGCCAAAGUCAGGGCGAUGCUCGCCGCCUCCAAAAACAUGCAGACCAGCGCCUCCUGAGACGCGGCGUGGGCCUCGCGGGGCCAGCCAGACCCCCGGGCGUCCGUGGCCGCCGUGGCUUUUGUACAUUCAUUUU